AUGCAUGUGCUAGAGGAACACCUAUCGACCCUUACGCCCACCCAGCUCCAAGCCCUGCUUCGGGAACUGGAUCUCACCACGGACGCCCCGCCUAUCAAUCAACAAGCAGGUCCCUCAAGGCUUGCUGCGAGACCGGAAUCGGAUUCUGACGCGGUGGAGGAAGUCCAAUCAACGGACAUGGAGGCAAAGAAGAUGCGGAGGAUACCGCUGGGGAGCCUUCAAUUAGGUGCUGGCCCAUCGCAGAAGAACGCCAACUGUGUCGGGCGGGACUCCAGGCCUGCGGUAGUGUUGCUCACCCCCAGCAAGGCUCCGGCGACGCAUUCCGGCGUGCCAUACAUGGCCGCCGAGGAGUGGGCCGCGUUUAUGGCGGAUACACUUGGGAGAUGGGAGCAGAAGUUUGAGGCACUCGAAGAGAUACUCCAGAACGUGAAGGUGGGCGAGGUGGGCGAGGUGAAUAGGUGA